AUGCUGUGCUGCUUCAGGGACAAGCCUAGCCCGCAGAGGCUCCUGGGCACCCAGCCCGAGGCGGAAGCGGCACCAAGAUUCUUUUCCUGGAGUCCCUACCUGUCCGGUGGCUCUCCGAUAUCUCGAGGUGCAGCAAGCUUACACCAGGACUACAGCAAGCUCUUCAAGAUCCUCAUCGUCGGCGAUGAGGUCGUCGGGAAGACCUCCAUCCGGAGUCAGUUCACCGAGAGGAGGUUCCAACGACUCCACGAGGUCAAUUGCUCGGGCGCGGGCUUCGGCUCGCGCACGCUGGACUUCGACGGGCAGAAAAUGAAGCUACAAAUUUGGGACGUUGCCGGCCAGGACCGCUUCCGCAGUGUGAUUCGAAUGUAUUACCACGGUGCUGUGGGAGCGCUUGUGGUCUACGACAUCACACGGCGAGAGAGUUUCGACCAUGUGCCGAUGUGGCUGGCAGAGCUUCGCAAGAUCACCGCCUUGACGAGCAUCGUCCUGAUCGGGAACAAGUCUGAGCUGGACACCGAGCGUCAGGUAACCGUGGAAGAGGGCCAAAGGCUUGCCUGUCAACAUGGCCUGACGUUCUUGGAAACCUCUGCGGCGAGAGGGGAGAAUAUCGAUGAGGUCUUCUUUGCGCUGCUUCAUGACGUCCAUGAGCAGGAGGAGACAGCGCCGCCACAGCGGCUGGCGGAGUAG